CGCUGCAAACGAGCGACGAGCGACUCAUGAGGCUACGCCUUAAUAAACCUUAAACUGUCUCACUAUCUGACAUGACAACCAGUCAGUCUGAUUGAUGGACUGGACCGUAGAAAGGACUGAACGAACUCCAUUAACUGGCUGUCUUGCUGUCAAUAUAAGGCGAUUCUGUCAUGGUGAUAGUGCUAUACUGUUUAGAGAAAUGGAGAAUUAAGACAUACAUUUAAUAUUUCAUUAGAUCUCUUUUGCUCUCGAAAAUUGAAACCAUCUAUGCUUCUCAAUUGAUAUGACGACUACUGCAUACGAGAAAUGUACCACAAAAGAUGGGGCUCGUCCUUACAAAUGUUGCGACUACGCCAACAAAAUAUCGGGAAACUUACACCAUUUCAAAAGAGAUGGAAGGUUUUGUGACAUAGAUUUAACAUCAGGCUCGACCAAAGUUAAGGCUCAUCGUGUGGUGCUUGCAGCAAGCUGUGCAUAUUUUGAUGCCAUGUUUAAUGUGGGGCUUGAGGAAAGUCAAAAAGGAUAUGUUGCACUUCCAAGUGUUCCACCUGACAUUCUUCCCAUGAUAAUAGAUUUUAUUUAUACAGGUGAAAUAAUAAUUGACAAAAGCACAGUUCAACAUUUAUUAAUAGCUGCUGAUAUGCUACAACUUCGAGAACUUGUCACAGGCUGUGGUGAAUAUCUGCGAAGGGAAUUACACCCCUCUAAUGCCCUUGGAAUAUUCAGGUUUGCAGAAGCUCACAACUGUAUAGAAUUGGUUAAAGAGGCACUAGAGCAUGUUCAAGCCAACUGGAACAUAGUAUCUAAUGGUGAUGAGCUUUUAGAGUUGCCAUUACCACAGCUAAUAACUUUGCUUUCUUCUGAACAAUUAAAAGUUGACAGUGAAGCACAGGUUUUAUAUGCAGCUUUACGCUGGCUAGAGCAUGACCCAGCAUGUCGUAGACGUCACUGUUUCGAAGUUUUGAGCCAUGUUAGACUGCCACUUAUAUCACCACAAGUUUUAGAUCAAGCUAUCAAAAAUGUACAAGAUCCAUCAAUAGCUGUAGCUCUAAAAACAGUCAGAGUUGACAUGAAAACACGCCGUGGAGCUUUAGUAUCCCUGCUAGUAGAACCGCGGCAACGCGCUCGUCGCAUUUUACUGGUAGCAGGAGGGUCAUGUCGCGACAAGGCAGCUCAUCCGCCACUCACAACAGACAACAUCUUAUCUUCAGUGUUAAAAUUUGAUUUACUGAAACGUGAAUGGGAAGAGCUUUCUCCCAUGGGGAUAGCACGAAUCCAGCCGGGUGUAGCCACUUUAGGAGGACGAGUGUAUGCAGUGGGAGGCGAACAAGGAAGUCAAAUACUGGCUAAUGGAGAGGUUUAUGAUCCACAGACGGAUAAGUGGUCAAAUAUAGCGCCGAUGAAAGAAGCACGUUGUGAAUUCGGUCUGACAGGCUGGAAUGGAAAUUUAUAUGCAUUCGGAGGUUGGGUUGGAUCGGACAUGGGGGCUUCCGUAGAAGUAUACGAUCCAGUCGCCGAUGAAUGGUCAGUAGCAGGAAGAAUGCCAGAACCUAGAUUUGGGAUGGGUGUCAUCAAUUUUGAAGGUCUUAUAUACAUAGUUGGGGGAUGUACUCACACAUGGAGGCACACCAGGGACUUGAUAUGUUAUCACCCUGCUUCUCGCAAGUGGCACUCCCUAACGCCUAUGCACCACGCACGCAGUCAAGCGGCCGCGGUAGUGCUUGAUAAUUACCUUUACGUGAUCGGCGGGAAUGCGCCGAGACGCUCAGUUCUUACAUCUGUGGAACGAUAUAAUUUCGAUGACGACACGUGGGAGGAGGUAGCGGGGCUGAAGGAGGCGCGCGCGGGCUGCGCGGCGGGCGCGGCCGAGGGCGUGCUGGUGGUGGCGGGCGGCGACAGCGAGAGCGCGGGCGAGCGCACCUUCUACCGCGCGCGCACCACGCUCGCCAGCGUGGAGCUGUACGACCCCGCCGCCAACGCCUGGCGCGCCGGCCCGCCGCUGCCGCACUCGCGCGCAGAGGCCGGCGCCGCCUUGCUCUGACUACGACACGCGUGUGUGCAACAGCUUCACCAUUUCCACACAACGAUACUGUACACACCACACUCCAGUGUAGGCGGAGACUGCUCGCGUGUGAUCAACAAUAAUUGUCGAAAAUGGGACCUUUAUCGUGGGAUGGACUCAACACGAAAUCAAAAUUAUCGUGCUAAGUCCUGGAUCAGAGAAAAAAAUUGUAGCCGUCAUUUAUUUAGCAAUAAGUAUCGUAUUGAAAACGUAGCUUAAGACUGCAGUCACCGCGAUGACUAACUUCCAAAAAUUACGUUUUAGGACAAAGGUACAAAAUAUAUUAGCAGCUUUGGCAUCAUAAAGUAGCUGUUGGCUCUAUUACAUACCGAUCAAAUAGGCCUUAUAUGUAUUUAUAACACAAAAAUCUCCAAAUUAUUUAUCAAAUUUAAAACAUGUAAUUGUUACUUUUUGAAGACUCAAUUCUGAAGAAUUAUCGUGAAGUGUCGCGUAAAAAAGGCAGUACAUAUCUUACUAUUGACCAAAUAAAUCAAUUUGCCUGAAAUCUUGUAAGUUUAAAAAUGCAACUGCCAUGGUAAUGUGUAAUGUUGCUGUAUUGCAAUGGUACCGUUGAUAUACAAACACCCUGAGUAUACAAUUAUGUGUAUUGAGACAUUGUGCUCUAUUUUGAUGCUUUACAUACUCAGGUGAUAGGUCACUGUGUUUGUGACGUGCUAAAAUUAAGUGCAUCUACAACUAUUGUACAACAAUGUAUCAAAUUGUAUUAACGUUUAGUAUUUUUUUUGACCAUAAAAACUUUUUGUUUUUAUUUUUAGCUUAGUUUUCUUAAUACCUGGUGCUACAUGUAUCUCAUAGCAAAACACUUCGUGAUCAUUAUUACAUCAACAUCCUUAAAAUGUAGAAUACUUACGAUUUUCUUUAUAGCUUACAAAUAGCUAAGUUAGUUCAUAAGGUUGAUUGAUUGCUAUUUGUAAUUAAGAAAUGUUUAUGAUAUAAAUAUUUUAUCCAUGUUUUGAUGUCUGUUAAAAACUAGGUUUUGUAUAUCAAUGGAUGGUGCAUUUAGUAUCCGACUUACAGUUAGACUGGCAGUGGUCGUAUAGAGUCAAAGUAUAUACUUAUCUUUAAAAAAUAAUUGCUUGACUUAUAAUUAUGUUAUAUAUCUAAUGUUGCUAUGUUUUAUAUUCUAUGCUAUUAAUCAUUUAAAAAUAAGGAACAGUACUUCCAAUCUAUGGUAUUUUUUAUUCUUUAUGUUAUGUAUAAUGUGUUCAAAUUAGGACUUAAAAAGAGUCCUAAAAGUUAAAAAACAGUAACGUAAACUGUUGGACUGCCGCCUGGUAGCAUUAUUUACAUUUAUAAUUUACGCUGGGUGAUAUUAAUGAAUCUAAUUUAAGUAUAAAAUAAGAAUUAAAACAUUAAAUAUUUUUACAAUGA